AUGGCGAUUUCAGGCUGGGCAGUCUUCCUCAUAAUCCUUGUCGUAGUAGUCAUCGCAGCUGGAGGAGGCUACGUAGGCUACACGCACUCCCGCGCACGGAAACUAGGCCUGCCUCCCCCGAACCUCAACUCCUUCUCGAAAAACAGCCAGCAAGACAACAUCUACCGCGCUCCCGCCCCUGCACCGAACGGCAUCAAAGACUGGGUAGUAGACAAGUGGAAUGGCAUCCGCGGCUCAGGCUCAGGCCGCACAGCAGGCGGCGCAUACGAAAGCACCAGCUACGACGCAGGCGGCUCGAGACGAUCAGGUGGACGGCGAGGUUUCGGACCUCUCGACCCCGACGAGGCAUGGGAUGCGCGCGUCGACAACGAAGCGAGCGGAUACUACGAGGAGCAAGAGCUCGGCCUCCAAGAUCCCGGACACGGCCCCUACGGAGGCUCUGGGUAUGGACAUGCGCAUAGCGAUAGUGUAGGAGUCGGCGGCAUUGAAGCAGGGCGAGGAAGGAGUAGGAGUCGACAACGGGAGCUGGACGAGAGGUAUGACGAGGAGGUGCAUGGUGGAGGCGCGAAGCUGAAUCCUUUCGGCAAUGCGGCGGAGGCGAGUAACAUGAGUUUGAGGAGCGUGAGUCCGAGGCCGGACGUGGAUACGGGGUACAAAGGUGCGACUGGCGGGAGAGGCCCUAGUGCGCAUCGGAAGAAUCAGAGCAGUUUGCAUACGAAUGGGAGUAAUGAGAAUAGUCCGACGGAGAGGAGGAGUAUGUUUACCGAGGACUUGGGUGGGAGGUAG